GUCUGGUACACAUGAAUGAAGGUUUAUCAUGACUCAUUAGAGAAAUAUAAUUGCAUGAUGAAUGAAGAAAUAACAGCUACUGAGGAAACUAUAAACCAAAAGGAAGAAUCUGUGUUAGUCAAUGGAAGUGCAACUAAAGAUGAAAAUGCUAGUAAAGAUAUUGUUUUCACUGGAAAAGUUGUUCAAGUUACAAAUGUCUCUCCUGGUGCCACUGUAGAACAAAUGGCAACACUAUUUGGGUUUCUAGGCACAGUAACAGAUAUCCGACUUUACCCAUUAGAUGACACUCUACCGGUAGCCGUUAAAUUAUGUUAUAUUAAGUAUGAAAACUCUGAACAGUGUGGCGUGGCUCAACAUUUGACAAACACAGUUUUCAUUGACAAGGCACUUAUUGUCGUGCCUUUAAAUCAAGAGGAAAUUCCAGAGGAGGUAGAAUGUCAGCAUUUACUCAACACAACAAACGCAUAUGCCCAAAUGACAGCAAAUGGGUACUUAUCACAAGCCUUUCCUGUUGAAGAUGUACCCACAAAUAUACCAGGUUUGCCUCCACCACCGGUGAUAACAUGCACCACAGAUCCGAUGGAGUUGGAAGAAAUUAAAAGGACAAUAUUUGUAGAAAACAUUCACGACUCGAUUACCUCUGAACAGUUAAUGGCAUUCUUUUCUGGAGUUGGUGAAGUUAAAUAUAUGCGACUUUGUAAAUCUGAAGAACAAAAAUAUGCCUUCAUUGAAUUUUCCAUGGUUGAAUCUGUACCUACUGCUCUGCAGUAUAAUGGAGUUUUAUUUGGAAAUCGUUCUCUUAAAGUAACUCAUGCGAAGAGCCCAGUUGUGAAGCCCGAGAGUGAACGGAUUGCAACAGGUAGAUCUACAAUAAGAACUAUGCGUGAUGUUGUAAAACGCCCCACUUUCGACCGUGAAACAAGAUCAAGUUUAUUUGAUGUUAAGUCGAUUCCAAACGACUCCACUGGUAAUUAUAGAUCGCCUACAAGAAGACGCAGUCGAUCCCGAACCCGACGAUCCAGAUCUCGGUCCCGUUCUAGACGUCGCAAGUCAAGGUCUAGAUCUCCAAAGCGUAGAAGGUCCCGUACUAGAUCUCCAGUGCGGCGAAGAAGAAGCUAUUCAAGUGCAGCUUUGGACAAAACAAAAACAGGAUCACCAAGACGCAGUAGUAGACGAAGUCGCAGUCCAUCUCGUUCAAGUGCGGCUUUGGACAAAACAAAGGCUGGAUCUCCCAGACGAAGCAGUAGACGAAGUCGAAGUAGAUCUCGCUCAAGGUCUCCAAAACGUCGAAAAUCAAGAUCUCGUUCCAGAGAUCGACGCAAAAGACGAAAGUCUGUUUCCAAAUCUUCAUCGCGGUCUCCUAGAAGACGAUCCAGAAAAAAAUCAAAAUCAAGAUCUCGUUCUCCUGCAAGAAGAAAAUCCCGGAAAUCAACUUCCAAGUCUCCUGAUAGAUCAUCCUCCAAGAAAAAGAAGAAAGAGAAAGAUCGAGAAAGAGAGAAAAAGGAAGGGAAAAGCAAGAAAAAAGAGGAAGGAGAUGUCAAAGAAAAAAAUAAAGACAAGGAAGCAGAGGCUGAUGACCAAGAGCUAAACAGCCUACUCACAAAAAUCUACACGUUUGAAGAAGAGAAAAAGAGCGAAGCGAAAAAGUCGAAAGAUAAAGAAUCAAGUGACGAAUCAUCACAAAAGUUAAAGAAAAAAGAAAGUUUGUGAAUACUUUACAUGAACUCGUGUUCUGUGUGUAAAAUAUAAACGUAGUUCUUACAUUGUAUCGUUAUAUUUCAAAAAAUUCCCACAAAAGAAAGUUUGUGAAUACUUUACACGAACUCGUGUUCUGUGUGUAAAAUAUAAACGUAGUUCUUACAUUGUAUCGUUAUAUUUCAAAAAAUUCCCACAAAAGAAAGUUUGUGAAUACUUUACACGAACUCGUGUUCUGUGUGUAAAAUAUAAACGUAGUUCUUACAUUGUAUCGUGAUAUUUCAAAUAAUUUACACAAAAGAAAGUUCGUGAAUACUUUACACGAACUUGUGUUCUGUGUGUGAAAUAUAAACGUAGUUCUUACA